AUGGGAAACCCAUUAGGCUUUAAGCAAUAUUUAUUAGCAUGGCUCAUUUUGGGAGGCAUUACUUUGCUACAAGCCAUGAGUGGCACUCGUUUCAUUUACUCAGCAUGCUCCAACCUAAUGAAACGACAUUAUGGAAUCUCCCAAAUGCAAGUCAACAAUCUUAUUGUAGCUUCAGAAAGUGGAAAGGUCUUUGGAUGCUUUCCAACUGCUGCCAAAAAGUAUCUUCCUGAAUGGAUGAUCUUAGUAAUUGGCUUGAUGUUUGGGUCAGUUGGAUAUGGUGCGCUGUACUUGUCCAUAUCCACAAACCAUCCCUCUCUAUCUUACUGGCAAAUCUUGUUCUUCAAUGUUCUUGCAGGAAAUAGCAUUUGUUGGAUCAACACAUACUGUGAUUUGCUAGCGGCUAAAAACUUCAAGCAUACGCAAGACACAGUUACUGAACUAGCAUCGAGCUAUUCGGGGUUGACUGGGAAGAUAUAUACUUCUUUAGUUGAAGGAAUUCAAGGGAGAAAAUUGGUUUCUGAAGAUUCUAGCAAGAUCUAUCUCCUGUUGAGUUGCCUUGCCCCGGCUACUGUGGGGUUACCCGUGGCAUUGCUAAACUGUGUAAUCAAUGUGGGAGAAUAUGAAGAAGCAAAAUUGUUUCCCUUUGUGUUUGUGAUUGUUAUUGCAACUGGGGUAUAUGCCUUUAUUGAAAAUACUGCACAACCUUUUACACAAAUGUCAUUAAAAUUAAGAGUGGUCAAUUUUAUGCUGGUGGCAAUGUUACCACUUGUGGUGGCAUUGCUGAUGGCCGCAAGGUAUAUUAUCACAUUAGCAAAAUAUGACACUCAGGACACCAAUGAAAGAGUCAAGAUCACUGUUGAAAAUCAUGAAACGGUUGUCACAGAGAAACUGGCAGUGGGGAAUGAGAAUAAUGGGUUGAAAAAGCUAGUGAAGAGUGUGGAUUUCUGGUUGUUUUACAUGAUGAAUAUGUGUGGGGUUACACUGGGAAUGGUUUAUCUCAACAACUUAGAAAUAAUCUCAGAAUCGCAAGGUUACCAUAAACCUCUAUUUCUAUUGGCAACUUCCUCAACAUUUGUCUUCUUUGGAAGGGGAAACAUCAAUAAUCUCGAAACCAGCAUUGACGAUGCUGAUAAUGACUUCAAUGCCUUUGGCAUUCUUCUUGCUCAUCAUCAGCAGCAAGAUGUGUCUAUACAUCAGCACAUGCAUUAUUGCAACUGGUCUUGGAGCCAUAACCGCCAUCGUCUCAUCCUCAACAUCAGAGUUCUUGAGCACCAACUCCAAUUCUCUUAUUAA